GCGUACGUUAUGGUCGUAAGUUGGGAAUCGGUGGAUUCGUAAUUAGAGGAAUGGUUUGCUGUAAGUGAUUCUGGAAAAUUGUGGAAGUGAUGUUAGAUAAAUCCUGUUGAAGGUGGUGACCGGUGCGGUGAGAGUGCAUUUAAAGUGCGAAUAAAUGAUCCUGUAGAUUAGUACGGGAGGCGAAGCCAGUGAAAACAGUGUGAUGAGUACAGAAGUUCACUAGUGUAUCAUCCAACUACUGCAAUAGCAUGAACGGUGUCCGGAUGGAAAACUUUUGGAAGCAUACUGUCAAUUUAGAAGGUUUAACCAUCUACUGAGCUGCAAAUUACCAUAUGAACAAAAAUAACUGCCUUAACUGCCAUCCGGUCUGCGAUCUUAUCUGGUUGGUUAUCCGUAAAGCAACGAAGAGUAGCACCAACUCACCAGCCAGCAGCUGCACCAAAGGAGAAAUACAUUUCUCAUCUAGCCGGGAUUCGAACCGUAAAGAGAACUCCCUCUCUGCUUUUUUUCCUUUCUCUGCUAAACUCGCUCAAUGAGUUGGCUGAUGUAAACCAACACCAUCACCGAGCAGGUUCUUCUUCAUUCGUCACGCUUAAACACAGCCAGUCGACAGCCGACGGUGCUUUUCCGUCCAUCUACAGCUGUUCCGCGUCGGCCGUGUCGUACUGCUUGCCAGUUGCCACCAUCCGUCGGUUCAGGCGGCGGGUGUGAGAGAAAGUGUGAUACAGUCCACAGCCGCCACUACAGUCACUGCCACAUCGCCCGUACACACAGGAAAGGGCCAACCCGUGCAACCUAUACCAUGAUGGACCUGUUUGUACGAACAACCUGUGUCUUCGGCACGAGGCGAUUCAAAGCAUUGCUACUCAUUCCAAGAAUGGGUUCCUUUACGUCGGCCCCGCAGAUCAAGAAUAUCGACUGUCAGGAUGACCAGCUGGAAAUAUCGAACGGAAUGUCGAUUCCCGACCUGCUGGAGUACUGCCGGAUAGCCCGUGGCGAAGAUCGACCCCAGCUUGUGAAGCGAAAGUUUCUGCGACCAGACGAACGAACCGGUCAGCCGGAUCUGACCGAGGGGUUUCGGAUGCUGAAGCUGGAUGCAAUUUCCAAAACUUGUAGCAAACCAACGACAAAUCCAGUUCAGCUCCGAAUCUUCCAGUGGAAUAUGCUCUCACAAACGCUAGGUAUGAAUAACGACGGGUUUGUCAGAUGCCCGGUAGAUGCACUGACCUGGGAAUGCAGACGGUAUCAGGUGAUUCAGGAAAUUGUACAAAACGAUCCGGACAUCGUGUGCCUCCAGGAAGUGGACCACUUCAAGUUCAUCCAGAAGAUCUUAGCCACUCAAAAUUACGAAGGAGUGUUCUUCCCGAAGCCCGAUUCACCGUGUCUCUACAUUCAGGGCAACAAUGGCCCGGACGGUUGUGCCGUCUUUUUCAAGAAGGAUCGCCUAGAGUUGAUCAACCAUUUCACCCGGGUACUGGAGGUUUGGCGCGUCCAGAGCAAUCAGGUCGCAAUAGCGGCCCUGUUUCGUACGCGUGACACCAAUCAGGAGAUUUGUGUUACCACUACCCACCUAAAGGCGCGCAAAGGCGCACUGCUCUCCAAACUUCGCAACGAACAGGGUAAAGAUCUGCUGUAUUUUAUCGAUGGAAUCGCCCAAAAGCGACCGGUUAUUCUGUGCGGCGAUUUCAACGCGGAACCGAUCGAACCCAUCUAUAGUACGGUUUUGAACUAUAAACCGCUCGGACUAGCCAGUGCCUAUUCCGACCUGCUGUCGGAGCAAGUUUUACAGGAACCGACAAAGGAAAACAACCAGAACAUGUCCAACAAAGACGUCUCUGGAACCGUUUUACAGCAUCAAACCAGCAUAGGAUCGAAUCACAGUGUCGAUGACGACUGCAGUAUCAGCUCCGCAGGAAGGACAAAAGCUGAACAAUCAGCUGCUUGCGAACCACCCUAUACGACCUGGAAGAUUCGUGAAGAAGGUGAAGUGUGCCACACAAUUGACUAUGUCUUCUAUUCCAAAGAUCAAAUUACCGUUAAAAACUGCCUAAUGUUUCCAUCUGGAGACGAGAUCAGCCCGGACCGAACACCCAGCUACCAGUACCCUUCGGAUCACUUCUCGUUAGUCUGUGAUUUUGAGCUGCAGCCGUCACCAAGUAAUUAACUCCAUAAUUAUCAUAAGUAAGCACAAGACGUCACACACCACUACCGAAGCGGAAAACAUUUGAUGCUGCUUCGAAAUUGAAACAACAAAUUGUUUGAAAAUAAACAUCAUCAAUUGUACCGAAAGUAUCAAAUUAGCCUGUAAGGAAAGUAAUGCUUAAAACAAACCUGGAUAUACGUUUCAAUUAAAAUGCAGUUCUUCCACACGGUAGACAGCAAAUCCAAUGCUAAGUUGAAGCACUUUAGAAAUACUUCUAACGGAAGUGGAUGUCAAAUCAAUGGAAUUGAUUUGAGUUUGUGUCAAUGAGAAUACUACAAAACCGGAUAUAGUUGUACAGUUUGUGAUAAUAGUUGUGAUAUUAUAAAGAAGAAAAAAAAAGCGAGUUAGUGCCCUUGAUGGGCGACCGUUAGCUGCAAGAAGAAAAGAAUCCUGGAUUCGAUGUUUUAUUUGCGCACUUUUAUGUAUGAUUCAAUUUAACGAUGUUAGACUUCCAAUCUAACAGCAACAUAUGCAAUUAUAAAACACUUAACAACGCAACAAACCAGCCAUAAUGGAAAAUUCUAUAUUAUAAAGUAAUGUGAUGAUUUUAUUUCCAAAAUCAAGAUGUGUAAACUAAUCCAGAAUGAACCAGUUGUAAGAUGUUGUUUUGGUUAACUGUCGUCGUCAAUUACAUUGAUAGCUAGGUAAAAACAUUGGGUCUACCAGGAAAAUGUAUAGUUUUUAAGUUCACCAAGUGACAAAACAGAUCAAACCAAUGUUGUAUGUUGAAGCGAAUUUUGACGUAAGCUUUGAAUAAAAAAAAGAAUA